AUGUCGUCGUUCCUGACGGAAAAUCCUGCGCUGUGCCGACUGUGGGGCGUCAACGCUGCGCUCGGCAUCCUGACCUCCCGCGCGUAUCUCGAGCGGGCGCAACAGGACGCUCAGCAACAUGGAGGGGAGCGUGGUGACGGGCAUCGUGGCGCUCUCGCCCUCAUCGUCGCGCUAUCUCGGAUGCCGACCCAGCUCAUGGAACUCGUGGCGCAGAAGGCCUCCAGCCAUCGCCAUCUGACGAUCAGCGACGUCUCAAUGCUGUGCAAGAUCCGCUGCCUCGGCCCGCACCACGCCCUGCCCAGGCGGGUCGUCGUCGACUUGCGCGGAGCCAGCGUCAGGGCCGGCGGGUACAGCGUCGCGCUCGUUCUGUCCGACACGGGGUGCGUGACCCUGCGGAACGGCAGCAUCGACCUGGGCGGGCCGCGGAUGAGCUCGAGCAGCGCCGAGCGGGCACGCUUCGCCUCGUUGGUGGUCAAAGCGGCUGACGGCACAGUCCUGGAGAACCUGAAGCUGCGCGACGGGCCCGGACACGGCAUCUUGGUCGACGGCGCCAAGGCAGAGCUGCGGAACGUGUCGGUGGAGUACCUGAACGCGAGCGGACACGGGCACCCCCCACCGAUGCCAACCUACGGCCUGCUGUGCAUCAACGGUGCGGAGGUGACGCUCAAGAGCUGCACGUUCGCCUGCUGCGGCGCUGGCAUCGGGGCUGCCGGGUCGAAGAUCGUGGCGAGGAGUGUCCAGAUUCACCAGAACGCGCAGUGGGGCGUCAACGCGACGCACGGCGGCUCGCUCGAGCUCACGCGUGCGAGCAUCUCCGGGAGUGCGAUCGGCGUUGCCUGCGAGGGUUCGGAGUCGCGCCUGGCCAUCACCGGCGGCCGUAUCGCGGGGUGCCACAAGUACGGCGUGGCCGUGCGUGGACAGGCGCAUGCCCAGAUCGCGGGCCUGCACGUGGCGCGAUGCGGUGUCGUGGGGAUCGUCGCGGCGGAGGCGGGCACCUUUCUGGAGUGUCGCGGCGUCAAGGUGUCGCGUUGCGUGGGCGACGGCGUGCAGGUCACGCACGGCGCUGCAGCACGCAUGAUGGCGGGGGAUGUCGGCAGCGGGAGGGUCAAGGCGACGGUGUCUCGCGAACACUCUGGCCGGGGCUACCUUGCCACGGGGCUCGGAUCGUCGCUCGAGUGCUACAACUGCGUGGCGCACAGCUGCGGCACGAGGGGGGUGCUGGUAGCCUCAGCAUGCUACACUGGUGCGGACCGCGCCGCCCGGGGUGCCACUGGACGCGGUCCUGGACCCCGAGGCCUUGUUCGACGCCGUACAGGCGCUCGCGGAGGAGGCGGCGGCCGCGGGAGGUCCUCGGGAGGGGCUGCACCCCGAGGUGGAGGGGGGGACGUUGGCGGCUGA